AUGUACGAGUAUAUGUUUCUGACUCACGCAAAAUUUGAGUUACACAAGGCUUUCCGGAACGGAACAAUUGCUUACUCCAUUUAUGUCUACAAGGUGCUGAAGCAGGUUCACCCCGACACCGGCAUUUCCUCCAAGGCCAUGGGCAUUAUGAACUCCUUCGUCAACGAUAUCUUCGAGCGCAUCGCCGGGGAGGCGUCUCGCCUGGCGCAUUACAACAAGCGCUCCACCAUCACCUCCCGGGAGAUCCAGACCGCCGUGCGCCUGCUGCUGCCCGGAGAGCUGGCUAAACACGCCGUCUCGGAGGGCACCAAGGCCGUGACCAAGUACACCAGCUCCAAGUAAACGGGUUGUGCCUCUUCGGGAAGUUGUUGCACUUAAAACCCAAAGGCUCUUUUAAGAGCCACCCACUUUCUCAAUGAGAGCUUGAGUUGCUGUUUCACUGGCAGAAAGUAACUAAAGGCUCCUUUUUAAAACGUGCUUUGAAUAUCUGGGAUAACUCUAGUCCUGGUCUUCGUGUUUCUUGAGUUUAACACCGAGUCAAGUAUAUCGUGUGAUCAUUUAAGGAGGGUUCAUAAUGCUGUCAAUAUACUAGGUAUUGUCUUGGCUUCUAAGAAUAUGCAGUAGUUAGAUGGGUAAACGCUACAGGAAAUGCAAAACCCUGCACUUCUAGGUGACGAGUGUUUAGGUGAAUCAACAUGAAAUAUCUCCUUGUGUCCUUUCCAUUUCAUAUAGCUUAGAAAAGCUCACGUCUUUAUUCUUUCCAUGCCUGAAACCCAGUGUGGUCAAUGAAUGGUCUUUUAUAGACAAAAUAAACUGAAGGAUUUUUUGUUUGUUUUUAAUAUCAGAUUUUAUAGGGAUAGGAUCAAUGAAUCAUACCCUAAACCAGUUUUUCUCGGCUUCCCCAGGAGGGGAAAGCUGCUAUUCAUUUCCCGGUAUUUUCAGAUGGUUUGUUUCCCAGAGGACUGUUAAUCUCCGUGAAAUCUGCCUUUCUAAAACCGGAUUUGGGGGC